AUGGCUCUCUUCUUUUCUUCUAAAAACAACCCAGCAUUUCUCAUUCUCUUCUUUUUAUUAUCUCUUCUCUUUCUCACUACCCAACAAUGCAACCAUCAUCACUUCUCUGCUUUACUCCACCUCAAGCAUCGUUUUAACUUCAUUGAUGAUUACACCCUCUCUACUCUCCCCUCUUGGAAUUCAAACAAUACCGAUUGCUGCUCCUGGGAACGCAUCACGUGCGAUGGACCCACUGGUCACGUGAUCAGCCUCGACCUCAGUGAGCUCCAUAUCUCUGGUCGGAUUGAUUUUGAAAGCCUCUUUCGUCUUCGGAGCCUCCAGAGGCUCAACCUCGCUUACAAUUACUUCGAUCACUCUCCAUUCCCAUCUGGGUUUGACCAGCUCACCAGGUUGACGCAUCUCAACCUCUCUUCGUUAUCCUUUUAUGGCCAAAUCCCACUGGAAAUCUCCCGCUUGACCACUUUGGUUUCUCUCGAUCUUUCUGGCAAUCGAUAUAUCAAUGGUUCAUCCUUUGAAUACCUGAAACUCGAAAACCCAAGCAUUGGAGCAGUCGUCCAAAACCUGUCCAAUCUGAGUGAACUCUAUCUGGACUGGGUAGACAUCUUACUGCAGGGCCAGACCUUAGAUUUGCCACUCCCUAUUCUCCGCAAGUUGAGCUUACGAUAUUGUCUUCUUUCAGGUUCCAUCUAUUCUUCCCUUUCACAGCUCCAUUUCUUAUCUGAACUGGACCUCAGCGGAAACAAUCUAUCCUCUGCAUUGUCCAGCUUCCCAGGGAGUCUGCACAAGUUGAUCUUACAAGAUUUGCCCAGCUUCCCAGGGAGUCUCCGCAAGUUGAUCUUACGAGGUUGUGACCUUUCCGGCUCCAUUCAUUCUUCCCUUUCACAGCUCCAUUUCUUAUCUGAACUCGACCUCAGCGGAAACAAUCUAUCCUCUGCAGUGUCCAGCUUCCCAGGGAGUCUCCACAAGUUGAUCUUACAAGAUUUGCCCAGCUUCCCAGGGAGUCUCCGCAAGUUGAUCUUACGAGGUUGUGACCUUUCCGGCUCCAUUCAUUCUUCCCUUUCACAGCUCCAUUUCUUAUCUGAACUCGACCUCAGCGGAAACAAUCUAUCCUCUGCAGUGUCCAGCUUCCCAGGGAGUCUCCACAAGUUGAUCUUACAAGAUUGCUCCAUCUUUUCUUCCCUUUCACAGCUCCAUUUCUUAUCUGAACUCAGUCUCAGUGGAAACAAUCUCUCCUCUGCAGUGCCCAAUUUCAUAGGCAACUUUUCCUCCUUGACAUCCCUGCUCCUUACAGAGUGUGGAUUGCAUGGAAAAUUCCCUGACAGUGUUUUCCAGCUGCCAAAUCUACAAAUCAUCGACAUAUCAGACAAUCCACUUGUAGCUAUCAAUUUGCCGGAGUUCCCUCAAAACAAUACUCUACAGCGAUUGAUCCUUUCAUACACUGGAUUAUCAGGAAAGUUACCAGAUUCUCUCGGUAAUCUCAAAUUCUUGACUGAAUUAGACCUCAGCAAUUGCAACUUGUCAGGAUCAUUACCAUCCUCACUUUGGAACCUUACCAAACUGCAAUAUCUGUCUCUUUCAUCCAAUAAAUUGAGCGGCCCAAUUCCUUCUUCAUCUGGAAACGAGCUUCUGAAUCUCAAAGAAAUCUUCUUAUGGAAUAAUUUGCUCAAUGGGACCAUUCCAUCAUCAUUGCUUUCACUCCCAUCAUUACAAAUGUUGGUUCUCGGAGGUAACCAACUUAGCGGUCAACUUGGUGAGUUCCACAAUGCCUCUUCUUCACAGCUGGAGUACAUCUAUUUGGGUAACAAUAAUUUCAGUGGUGUUGUGGAGCUAGGCUUAUUUCAAAACCUCAAAAAACUUUCCUAUCUGGAUCUUUCAGAUAACAACUUGUCAGUCCAAUAUGGCAGUGGUAAUUCCACAUUUGUUUCCAUCCCCCAGUUUCAAUCUUUGUUGUUAAAUUCUUGCAACAUCAGCACAUUUCCAAAUUUCUUGAGAAAUCAAGAGAAGUUGGUGCAAUUGGACCUUUCCUACAAUAAAAUGAGUGGUGAAAUACCCAAAUGGAUAUGGGAGGUUGGCAAUGGGUCUUUAUCCUAUUUAAAUCUUUCUCACAAUGUUCUACAGGGAAUAGUACCAUCUCCCCAUCUUUUGUUGAUCAGUCACUUGAGUGAUCUGGACAUUAGCUCCAACAAGCUAGAAGGCUCACUUCCUAUCCCACCACCUUCCACCUAUUUCUUUUCAGUUUCAAACAAUAGCCUUGGUGGUGAAAUCCCUCGAUCAUUUUGCAAUGCAACAUCCCUAACAGUCCUUGAUUUAUCUCACAAUCACUUCAUUGGUCAGAUUCCACCAUGUUUGGGUGAGAUUGGCGAUGCCCUGUCUGUGUUGAAUCUUCAAAGAAAUGCUUUCAAUGGCACCUUACUUCAGACAUUUAAAGAGGGAUGCAGCAUACAAACGCUUGAUCUCAGUGGGAAUCAAUUGGAGGGCCAAGUACCAAGGUCUUUGGCCAACUGCAAAAUGUUGGAGGUAUUAAACCUUGGAAACAAUCAAAUAAAUGACACCUUUCCAUCAUGGAUAGAAGCUUUGCCCCUUUUACGCAUUCUUGUCUUAAAAUCCAACAAAUUUCAUGGCCCCAUUAUACUUUCACAAACAAAUCAAAGCUUCCCAAUGUUGCAGAUCAUUGACCUCUCUUCUAAUAGUUUCAUGGGUGCUUUGCCAUCAAAUAUGUUUGAGAAUUGGAAGGCAAUGAUAGAUGAGGAUAAAUCUCAAUCUUUCCUUCAUAGAACCCUACUUGGACCAAUAAAAAUGAUAUACUAUAAAGACACGGUGACAGUAAUGAUCAAAGGACUAGACAGGGAACUCUUCAAGAUCCUAUCCAUCUUCACAACAGUUGAUCUCUCAAACAACCAUUUUCAAGGGGAUAUUCCAAAAUCUAUAGGGAUUCUCAAGUCGCUACAUCUACUCAAUAUGUCGCACAACGGUUUCACGGGCCAAAUUCCAACAUCACUUGAGAAUCUAGCAAUGCUAGAGUCAUUGGAUCUCUCACAAAACAAUAUCUCAGGAGAGAUACCUUGGCAGUUGACGAAGCUAACAUUCCUCUCAGUAUUGAACCUUUCACAGAACCACCUUGUGGGAAGCAUACCACAAAGUAAACAAUUUUUUACAUUCACAAAUGAAUCAUUCCAAGAAAAUCUAGGAUUGUGUGGACCUCCACUAUCAAAGAAAUGCAAAGAUGCCGACGGUGCACCAUCGUCUACUCCAUCAACACUGCAAUCUGAAAGGAAAUAUGAUUGGGAACUAAUGUGGAUAGGAUUUGGAGUUGGAUAUGGAGCAGGUGUGGGGAUGCUUUUCUGGACUCUAGCACUUUCGAGGAAGGGAAGGAGAGAAUUUUAUAUAUUUGUUGAUGGAAUGCUUGCUUUGAUUUUUCCUUCCAUGGUGUUUUCUAAAUAG